AUAAGUUGAGGCAAGUUUCUAUUCGCUAGACUACAUUAAACAUUAAAAACUCUUUGGACACUAUCUGAGAUUAUUCAGCUUUCAGUAUUUUAUCUAGGCUUGGAUGGUUUUCUUGCACCAAUUGAGUUUUGAAAAAAGUUAAAAUUCUUGGUCCUGUCUCUAGAUAUUCUUUGUUUGUGCAGUCUAUUUGUUUUGUUUUAUAUUCUGUCACCAUUUAAUGCCAACUGGCGAUGAAGCUAAAAUGCAAGUCCUACAUUUUGAUGCUUUUGUCAUUGCUGAAAGUAGGGACCACUGAACCAAACAUUUGAUUGGCAAGUCCUCUGAUUUGGCGUGAAAGAUUUUAUUUGUUUUGUCUUUAAUUUUGGAUUUUCAUUCUAAAAGAUGAACAAGGGCAGCAGCAGAGUUAUCUACCAUAGCUGUCUAGUUCUUAACAAGAACCGUCUACUAACAAAGCCAAGGUUCCCUGAAUGUUGUUGAAUUACCUGACGAAGCAACCACAGGCCCUCUGUGUGAAUCACAUUUAGAUAUGGUGAACCUAUCAAACCUAAAUCUUGUGAAGACUCCAAUUUCAAUGGACGCCCAAUCAAAUGGCGGAAACCAUGCCAACCUGAAGAAUGAUAGCGCAGAUGGUUAUGGCUCAUAUUGUUUGGCCAUAGAUAUUGAGAAACCAAAAUUUGAGGGACCUAAAUCCACUGAGGAAAUGAGUGGGAAUGUUAAGACGGAUGAUUGUAUAUCUAGGAUGUUUCAGAGAGAAAUUUCAUCACUGAUGGGAGGGAAGUUCAUGCAACUCCUGAUGAAUAACAGCUUUGAGCUGCCCAAAUUUGCUUGGAAAGAUAAAUGUUUGACCGAGAAGGUAUACGAUACACCUAGCAACAGAUUGAGAAAAUACAAGCGCUCUGCAUCUUUUAAUUCAAGAAGAGUUGUUCUCCUUUUCUCAUUCCUGUCAAGCGUGGGGACAAUCAUACUCAUUUUUCUUACUCUAAGAGUUAGAAUGAGUGGUGAUUGGGCUGCUAAUGUGUAGCAUCUGCUUCUCUAUCUUCCUGUCACGCCCAUCAUUUGUGAAAAGAGUUUGCUAGGUGUACACCUUUUAAUGAAUAUCUUUCUUGAUUGUAUUUUUCUUUAAUUUUCAAUGAGUAGGUAUCCUUCGUCAUCUGUACAUAAAGUUAGCAGUUAGAACUUAGUAUACAAGCUGAUAAAUUUGAUGCAUAUUGUUCUCUAUUUUAAGUUGCUUUUUUUACUUGUUCCUUCCUAAUAACAAACCCACUGGUAAAAUAUAUUGGCAAAAAUAGUCCUUUUUGUGAAACCAAUAA